AUGGAAAUAGCAUCUACACUGUCUCACAGCUCAAAAUCUUCCGUAACCGUCGUAUGUGAGAAAGAGGAGCCUCUACCUGCUCUAGGAGCGGAUAUUGGAGCGGCCGUUCGGAAGCAAUUUGAAAAGAGAGGAGUCAAAGUAUUGGUAAAGCAAUCUGUGAAGUGGUUCACAGGACAAAAUACACUUUAUUUUCCAAAAGGCUAA